AUGCCCUCUGUCGACGUCAUGACUUCCACUCCUGCCACCUCCGCAAAGGAGACCAAGCAGUCCCUCGCCACCCUAGAACAAUUGCUGCAGCAAUUGUCCAUCUCAAAAGCACAAGAUGAGGCCAACGCAGCCGCAUCAAACGUGGCCUCCCUCCUAAAUGGCCCUAUUGAAGAACACGCUGUGCCCCUCAAGGCCGUGGAAAUCCUCAAAAAGCAACUCGCCAACAAGAAGGAUGCCCUCGUCCGAGAGCGUGCUGUUGACGGCAUUCGAGCCAUUGCAGCCCACGCCACCAUUUCUCCUGCUUUUGAGCCAUAUCUGAUUUCUCUCCUGCCCCUCACCCUUGCCGCAGUUGGCGACAAGAUGGUGCCCGUCAAGAACGCUGCGCAGGCCGCAUCUCUUGCCAUCGUCAAGGCCAUUAACCCCAAUGCCGUCAAGGCCGCUCUCCCUCACAUCCGAAACUCGAUCAUCACUGCCCAGAAAUGGCCUGAAAAGGCCACCGGUCUUGACUGCGUCGAGGCUCUUGUCGAAACCGCUCCCACCCAACUUGCCUUCCUUGUCCCAACCUUGAUCCCCAUCGUUUCCGAGUCGAUGUGGGAUACCAAGCCAGAAAUCAAGAAGAAGGCUUAUGGCACAAUGGAAAAAGUUUGCAAAUUGAUCGAGAACAAGGAUAUUGAUCGUUUCAUUCCUGAGCUCAUCAAGUGUAUCGCUAAGCCUGAGAACGUCCCCGAGACUGUUCACUUGCUCGGUGCAACCACUUUCGUCACUGACGUGCACGAGCCUACUCUAGCUAUCAUGGUGCCUCUACUCGAGCGUGGUCUUGCUGAACGUGAAACCGCCAUCAAGCGAAAGUCGGCUGUCAUUGUUGACAACAUGUGCAAGCUGGUCGAAGACCCUCAAAUCGUUGCCUCGUUCUUGCCCAAGUUGAUGCCUGCUCUCACCAAGAACUACGAGAAUCUGGCUGAUCCUGAGGCCCGUGAGAAGACUAAGCAAGGUCUCGAUACCCUUACUCGCGUUGGUGCUGUCAAAGCAGAUGGUUCCUUCCCCAAGAUCUCCACUGCUGGUGAGAUCUCCACCGUUGCAGCAAUCCUCAAGUCAAUCAUCGACCAGAAGCACAAGUCCACUGGUCACGAAGUUGUGGUCGAGUACGUUUCUGCCAUCGCUGGCCAACUCAUCGACGAGAAGGUCAUUGACACUCCUGACUGGAUUUCCAACACUGUUGAAUACCUCAAGUCUGUCGUCGGCGAGUCUGACGCUCAAUCCGUCGUCGAACAGCUUCGCAAGCGCGCCUGCCCCAACAUUGAAGAUGAGGCUGAGCCUGAAGUCGAUGAGGAGGAAGGAGAGGAUCUUUGCAACUGCACCUUCAACUUGGCCUACGGCGCCAAGAUUCUCCUGAAUCAGACCCACCUUCGUCUCAAGCGUGGCCAGCGCUACGGUCUAUUGGGACCUAACGGUUCUGGCAAAUCCACUCUCAUGCGUGCCAUCAACAAUGAGCAAGUUGAGGGAUUCCCCAAACAAAACGAGGUCAAGACUGUCUUCGUUGAGCACGAUCUUGAUGCCGCUGAUACCGAACUCACUGUUAUCGGCUGGACCAUGAUGAAAUUGGCUCAGGUCAACAUCGAGAAGGCCCAAAAGGAUGUCGAAGACCGCCUCAUGGAGUUUGGCUUCCUCCAAGAGCAACUGGAAGGUCCCAUCACCGCUCUCUCUGGUGGUUGGAAGAUGAAGCUGGCUCUUGCCCGAGCUGUUUUCGAGGAGCCUGAUAUUCUGCUACUCGACGAGCCCACCAACCACAUGGAUGUCAAGAACGUUGCUUGGCUUGAGAACUACCUCACCAACUCACCUUGCACAUCCAUCAUUGUUUCCCACGAUUCGAAGUUCUUGAACAAUGUCAUCCAGCACGUUAUCCACUACGAACGAUUCAAGCUCCGAAGAUAUCGUGGAAAUCUAACCGAGUUUGCCAAGCGCGUUCCAUCAGCUCGCUCCUACUUCGAGCUUGGUGCUUCUGAGAUGGAGUUCAAGUUCCCUGAGCCCGGCUUCCUUGAGGGUGUCAAGACCAAGGCCAAGGCCAUCGUUCGUGUCAGCAAGAUGACGUUCCAGUACCCGGGUACACCCAAGCCUCAGAUCUCCGAUAUCAGCUUCCAGGUCUCCCUUGGCUCUCGUAUUGCCGUCAUCGGUCCCAACGGAGCUGGUAAAUCGACCCUGGUCAACGUCUUGACCGGUGAAUUAAUCCCCACCGAUGGUGAGGUCUAUCAGCACGAGAAUAUCCGUAUUGCCUACAUCAAACAGCACGCUUUCGCUCACAUUGAUAACCAUCUCGAUAAGACUCCUUCUGAAUACAUUCAAUGGCGAUUCCAAACUGGUGAGGAUCGUGAGACCAUGGAUCGAGCCAACAAGAUUGUCACCGAGGAUGAUGAGAAGGCCAUGGACAAGAUCUAUAAGAUUGACGGCACCCAGCGCCGCGUCAUGGGCAUUCACGCUCGUAGGAAGUUCAAGAACUCGUACGAGUACGAGUGCUCCUUCUCUCUUGGUGAGAACGUUGGCAUGAAGAAUGAGAAGUGGACACCUAUGAUGACUGCCGAUAACGCUUGGAUCCCUCGAUCUGAGAUCCUCGCUUCACAUCAGAAGAUGGUAGCUGAUGUUGAUCAGAAGGAAGCCCUAGCCAGCGGUCAAUUCCGACCUCUAAUCCGAAAGGAGAUCGAACAGCACGGUGCCAACUUCGGUCUCGACGCUGAACUCAUCUCCCACUCUCGUAUGCGUGGUCUCUCUGGAGGUCAGCGUGUCAAGGUCGUCCUUGCUGCCUGCACGUGGCAACGCCCCCAUUUGAUCGUUCUCGACGAGCCUACCAAUUAUCUCGACCGGGACUCGCUAGGCGCUCUUUCCAAGGCUCUCAAGGUCUUCGAAGGUGGUGUUGUCAUCAUCUCCCACAACGCGGAGUUCACCGAGUCUUUGACCAGCGAAGUCUGGAGUGUUAUCGACGGUAAGAUGACACCUUCCGGUCACAACUGGGUGCAGGGACAAGGUACCGGUCCCCGUCUGACCGAGAAGGGUGACGAAGAAGACAAGUUCGACGCCAUGGGCAACAAGAUUGAAGGAAACAAGAAGGCCAAGAAGUUGACUUCUUCCGAGCUGCGGAAGAAGAAGAAGGACAGAAUGGCACGCCGUAAGCGCGGUGAGGAAGUCUUUACUGAUGAGGACGAAUAG